AUGUCCGACAUCAAUGGAAAAGCGCCUGCUCAGCCGGUGGACCCCCGCCCCUCGCCUUCGGCGCGCAAUAAUUUGGUCAACGUGCAGCCGGCGCGCCUAGAGGACUUGCAGCCCAAGUACGCUCAGCAAAUCCAGCACAGCGAGGACAACCCGGACGCGCAUGGCUGGUACGCAGGAUUCAUUCACGGACUGGGAGAGUUUAUCGGAUGUCUGGGUGCCAUACCAUGCUGCUUUUGUUGCCCAAACCCCUUCAAGCCGGUUGCACAAGGUGAAGUCGGCUUGAUCACAAGAUUCGGACGAUUCGAGCGCGCUGUCGACCCGGGUCUCGUCAAGGUGAACCCUCUUAGUGAGCACCUCACGGCUGUGGACGUCAAGAUCCAGAUUGUUGAAGUGCCUCGCCAAAGCUGCAUGACCAAGGAUAAUGUCAAUUUGAACCUGAGCUCCGUUAUCUACUACCAAAUCGUCUCGCCCCACAAGGCUGCAUUCGGCAUUUCCAACAUCCGACAAGCGCUCGUAGAGCGCACUCAAACCACCUUGCGCCAUGUGAUCGGAGCGCGGGUCCUGCAAGAUGUGAUUGAGCGCCGUGAAGAAAUCGCCCAGUCGACAUCGGAGAUCAUCGAGGACGUGGCCUCCGGAUGGGGUGUCGCAGUCGAGUCGAUGCUCAUUAAGGAUAUCAUUUUUAGUAAUGACUUGCAAGACUCACUCUCUAUGGCUGCGCAGUCCAAGCGUAUUGGUGAGAGUAAGGUUAUCGCUGCCCGGGCUGAAGUAGAGUCGGCCAAGCUUAUGCGUCAGGCCGCCGAUAUCCUGUCCUCGGCUCCUGCUAUGCAAAUCCGCUACCUUGAGGCGAUGCAAGCCAUGGCCAAGACGGCCAACAGCAAGGUCAUCUUUCUCCCAGCAAUGAACCAGACAGUGCAGCAGCAGCUUGCAGCAGCUGAAAAUGCUGGGGAGGGGCCAAGCCGAUAUGGACAACAAGCCGAAGAUGGAUUUCAGCGUGCAAUGAAUGCACGUGUGGUCGAGAAUAUCUAA